AUUUCCAAACGGAAUUGAACAAAAAGCGAAAAUUAGAAUCAUCUACAAAAUUGUUGUUUUCAAAUAUAAAACCGUACGAAAUUAACUUUUUUUACAAACCCUCAAUGGACGGGGAUAAAAUCCGAGAGAGUAGCAGUGAUCAGGAGUUGGAAUAUAGCAAAGGCCGUCGUAAUGGAAUUCAUUAUGCCUCGAUCGCGGAAUUCCUGGCGAGCCUUAAUGUAAAUGACACGAGUUUGAACGCAGUUCGCGGUCUCAACACUUUGAGCCUAGAGGAUUACCUAAAAACGAUGCGAUGUGCGGAGAAAAAGUCUGGCGAUGGCGAUAUUGCCGUUGAAACCAAGAAGAUUCAAAAGAAAUCUGUCCAGGUUAUCAAUAGGCGAAGGCUAGAGGAAUCAAAUAGUUUUAGCAAAUCCCAAACUAUAUCUCAGUACCCCGAAAAAAUUUGGAUCUAACUGAUAACUACUCCUUAAAUUCCAUGUAAAUCUGUAUUAAUCGCCUCAUGGAUGUACUAUAUAUUAUGAAAGUUACUGGCAGAUCAUUUUCUAGCCAUGGUUUUGAAAUACAUAUGGGACUCUUACUUCUUUC